UCUAGAACACCUCAAUAUCUGGUCACGAAAGAGCAUUGGGUGACAGAUCUAUUCAUGUACCUCGUCUGUUGUUCUCCUGUCAAACGUGACAUGAAUUUUUAUUCAAACUUCACAUGUCUGACCGAUAACCUAGUCCAAUAAUUAGAACGGAAUGGGUAUUUUCUUUGCGAAGAAGAAACCUCCGAGUCGUGUCACGGAACAAGACAAAGCUGUUUUGCAAUUAAAACAAACGAGGGAUAAAAUUAAGCAGUAUCAACGAAAAAUCGAACAGACACUUGAAAAAGAUCGAUUACUUGCUAAGAAACUUAUACAGAAUGGACGAAAAGAUCGAGCAUUACUGUUGUUACGAAAAAAGAAAUUCCAAGAGCAAUUAUUAUUCAAGACUGAUGGACAGCUUGAAAAUCUUGAGCGUAUGGUACAUGAUAUAGAAUUUGCACAAGUGGAACUGAAGGUUGUCGAUGGACUUAAAGUCGGCAAUGUUGCAUUGAAAAAACUACAUGAUUUGUUGUCAAUUGAUGAAAUUGAAAAGGUCAUGGAUGAAACCAAAGAAGGCAUUGAGAAACAGAAGGAGAUUGAUGACGUUUUGGUAGGAGCUCUAACAGAUGAAGAUGAAAGCGAAGUUGCAGCAGAGCUUGAUGCCUUAAUAGCAGCAGAAGUUGAUGAAAAAACACCGGAAGUACCAGGAGACAUAACAUUACCAGAAAUACCAGAAGAACUACCAGAAAAGAAGAAAGAACGUACAAAAGAAAAAAUGCCAGAAGCCAUUGCUCUAGAAGCAUAAGUGAACAUUAACUAUCAUUAGCAAAGUUUUUAUUCUAUUGGCACUUUGCC